AUGGUGGAUAGCAUCAUCGCCCACUUUCUGCUGAAACGCCGACCGGAGCUGGAUGACCGGAAUCCCUUGGAGCAAUAUGCGGCUUGGGUUGGCACUGCAGCACGCAAAGGGUUAGCAGAAAUCCCGCACCAGGAAAGCAAUACCUACUACCCUGACCGUGUGGCCCAAAUCUUUGUUUUAGACCGUGUGGGCCACGACAAGACGGGUGUCGGUUACAAGGAUCCGUCUCUUGCAACAAACCGGUCACUUGCGUUGCCGUCACCUUCGAGCACUUUGCCCGUAGACUUGCAAAGCACGAAUACGAUAUCGUUGUUGGUCGCAAAUGUCGGCUUCAUCAAUCGCAGCCGGCGCUAUCCGACCUGGGAUGGAUUGAUGGAGCGACCCUACAAGGAUUCGGCCAGACAAGGUGGUCGCAUCCAUUCAUUAGUUUGCCUGUCUGCGGAGGCUAUUCGUGAUGCAGUGGAUUGUGUCAUCGAGCAGUUCGAGGGAGCGAGUUACGAGGUUCUACAUGGUGCUCGCAGCGCGGAGAUCUGUUGCGUGCUGCUGAAUUUCGCAAAGAGGAUUCCACCGGCUGGUGGCACGUCCGCAGCUGCGAUGCCGAAGCCAGGCAGGGUCGCCAACACCGGCAAUGAGUCGGUUCCUGAACAAAGCACUUCGAGCACGAACAUUGACGUGCACAAGAAAAGGCCGGUGAGCCCCUUGAGAUUCGAAGAAAAGACCUUGAUCUUCGAGUCCCAGGUGGACGUGAAGGAGGUGAUCCUGACCUCACGCCGUAAAUGCCAGAUAGGAGCUGCUCUGAGUAUCUGUGGCUUCAACACAUUUCUGGCGAGCUUAAGUCUUCAUGGUGCCCUUUCCAUGCAGCUCUGCAUGGCUGCUUGCCUCGGCCUCAUUGCGAUGCUCGGUCCAUGGCCGUUUGGGAGGGGUCGGUUUGGGGGAGUCCUGGGGAUUGAAAGAUGGAAACAUUGA